UGUAACUGUACUGAAUAUGACGCUAACAUGCCGGUGUUGAAAUGAAGACGUUUAGUUUAUAAACUCGCGUUCUUUUAGAUUUUCUGCAACAUGACCGCCUAUGCCUUCCUGUCCAGACUGUCCCCUCUGUCCCCUCUGCUCAGAGGCCGGUUCGGUUGUAAAGUUCGGGCGAUUUCUUGCACUGUCACCUGCUCCCAGCUCCACAAAGUGGAGGGACCCGGCGGUUUGACAGGCAAAGUGGAUCGGUUCGGUGGUGUGACAGUGAACCUGGCUGAGGUCGGACUCCCGGUGGACAUAAGCGAAGAUGCAUUCAGCAGAUUGCUGAAAGACUCUCUGGUCCAGUGGAAAGCUGAAGGGAAGAUGGCCGUGUGGCUACAAGUUCCCAUCUCACUGAGUCGAUGCGCCGCUGCAGCAGCGACUCACGGCUUCACUUUCCAUCACGCCAAAAGCGACCACACCAUGCUGGCUCUGUGGAUGGGAGAAGGAGAAAGCAGGCUGCCGGGGUUUGCUACUCAUCAGGUUGGAGUGGCAGGUGCGGUCCUUGAUGAGUCCACUGGAAAAGUUCUGGUUGUCCAAGACAAAAAUAAGACCAAGAACGCCUGGAAGUUUCCUGGCGGUUUAUCCGAUCCAGGAGAGAAUAUCGGUUCCACCGCUGUUCGUGAAGUGUUUGAAGAGACAGGGGUGCGCUCCAAGUUCAGGUCCCUGCUCAGCAUCCGGCAGCAGCACCGGCACCCGGGCGCCUUCGACAUGUCGGACAUGUACCUCAUCUGCCGGCUGAGCCCGCUCACCUACGACAUUAACUUCUGCCCUCACGAGUGUCUGCGCUGCGAGUGGCUGAGGGUGAGCGAGCUGGCCGAGACCAGCAGCACCACGCCCAUCACGGCCCGCGUCGCCCGGCUGCUGCUGCACGGUCUGGAGCACGGCUUCGACAAGAUCGACCUCAAAAUGGAAGAGCUGCCGGCCGUCUACUCUGGGAUGUUCUACCAGCUGUACCACAGACAGCUUCCUGCUAAAUCCUAGAGCUCAGCUGGUGUUUUAAUGCCCAGUGUUAACCGGGACUCUUUAGGUACUGCAGAUUCUGUAGUUUUCACUUACUCAGGAUUAGGACUGCAGCUAACGUUUAUUUUAGUAAUUGAUUAUUCUAUCAACUAAUUGAUCAUUUUUAUUUAUUUAUUUAACCAUUUAAGCCUUUUAUUAAUAUUCUAUUAAAAUUAUUAAUUCAGUACCUUUUUAAAAUAAGAAAAUAAACAUUUUAUUGCCUAAAAGCAAUAACAUGGCCUUCCUUUAGUCAAUUCAAACUGGGGGAAGUUAAAACUAUGCCACUUGAGGAGUUUGGGAAAAAAUAUUUUCAAGCAAAAGUGUUUUCAUCUUAAAUGCCAAAUUUAUUUACAUAUUUUACAGUUUUGGCUUAAUUUCUACUCUGAGUUUGUUUUUUUCUCAGCAAAUGGGCUUUUUUUGAGUCUGUAUACAAUUAAUCGAUUACUGAAUUAGUUGACGAUUAUUUCAAAAAUCGAUAAAUCGUUUCAGCCCUACUCAGGAGUAGAUUUUGUUAUUGCUGCUGAAACUCAUUGUGGUGGUUGAUAUAUAAUGCAUUAUUUAUUAUACAAAGUAUUAAAUUUUUAAUUUAAUACUUUCUUUCAAAUUUAAAUCAGUUAAACUGACUCUGAUUUUGCACAAAUUCUGUUACAUAGAUAAGAGACAGCUUUAAAAGCUAAUUUUAUCUAUUAAAUGUGAAUGUGUAACAGUC